AAACAAGUUGGUUCAUUUUCUUAUUUUGUUUAAAUUGCAUUUAAUUAAGUUUUUAAAAUGCAUGGGAGACUGAAGGUCCGGACUACGGAAGAGCAGAAGGCUAUCAAACUAAAAGAGCAACAGAAGAAACUAGACGCCUACAAGCAUGCUAUGGAAAGGGUUUUAUCGACUAGAAAAAAAGAUAGCUAUGAUCCGAAGAGCCUUCAGAUAAGCUCGGGCAUUCUCCAGGCCAACCCUGAUGUAUACACGAUUUGGAAUUACAGGAAGGAAGUGAUUUUAAUGAAAGUCAAAGAGAGUAAUGAUGACGAGUUAGAAGGGGAGGAGAAAUUGAUAGAUUUCUUGGAAGAUGAAAUAAAACUAACGGAACAGUGCCUUCCCUCGAACCCGAAAUCCUACGGUACCUGGCAUCACCGUUACUGGGUGUUGUUACACCAUCCCAAACCCAACUGGAAUAACGAAUUUUCCUUGUGCACCAAGUACCUCAGUAAAGACGAUCGAAAUUUUCAUUGCUGGGACUACAGGCGCCUUUUAGUCAAUAAAAUAGGUAUAACUUUGGACCACGAGCUAAGAUUUUCUACCGAAAGAUUGAAUAAUAAUUUUUCGAACUACUCCUCGUGGCAUUACAGAAGCACACUGAGAAAAUUGGAUUCCGAUUGUGUUAAUCACGAGCUUGAAUUAGUCAAGAGUGCUGUUUUUACGGAUCCUAUAGAUUCCAGCGCGUGGUUUUACUUGAGGUGGGUUCUCAGUAACCCUACUAUCAAGAAGGAUACUAAAUUGGAGCUAUUAGAAGCCUUCGAGCAGCUGGAAGAGUUGGAGCCUGAUUGUAAAUGGGUGAUUUUAGGAAAAUGUUGGCUAUUAGAACAAGGUGAUUUAAAAACAAGACUUGAAACCUAUAAGAAACUAGUCGUAUUAGAUCCAUUGCGAAAAGGGAUGUAUAUGGAUUUUAUAAGACAAGCUCAAAAAGAGAUAUAGAGUACAAAUUGAGCUAUUUUGUGGCAUUCUAAGAAGCUUUUAUAUUGUUUUAGUUAUGUAUUAUGAACAUUCCUAUUUUAAUUUAUUGGAUGUAUGUUGUAAGGGAAAUUUAAUAAAAUCAAUUCUUAUUUACUUCAUGGUUGUACUCAUAGAGAAAGAAAGAUUUUAUAUUUUGUCUGUUGUACUUGAAAUUGAG